AGUUCAUAAAUCGGACAAGAGUCUGUUUGACCGAAUCACAUCAGUUCCCGACGACGUAGUGUACCUGAAUCCAUGUCGUACGCAAUUCCCAGUGUCCAGCGUGCAUUUGUCCUGCCACGCGUCGGUGCGCCGCCCAAGUUCGUCACCGAUCACCCCGUUGUCCCUCCGAACGAGCUCCUUCCAGGCCAAUGCCUCGUGAACCUGUCUCAUUCAGGUGUCUGCCAUUCAGAUGUGGCAAUCAAAGAGGGGUGGUUUGCAAGUAGGGCACAAACAAAACUAGAUCUCGUGGGCGGACAUGAAGGCAUAGGAACGGUAGUGGCUAUCGCUGAGCAUACCCGCAACUCUCCAGUCAAGAUUGGUGAUCGUGUUGGUGUUAUGUUUCUGGCAGAUACAUGUCAGAGUUGCGAGUACUGCCUUUCAGGUGCCGAGUGUUUCUGUGUGCAGAUGAAGAAAGCGGGGAAUACGUUUGACGGAACCUUUUCCGAAUACACGGUCGCCUAUGUUGACCACGUUACACCUAUCCCGGAUAACUUGGACAGCGCGGACGCAGCUCCGAUCAUGUGUGCGGGAUUUACAGUCUAUAGCGCUUUGAGACAGUGCGAAGCGCAUGUAGGCAAUUGGGUGGUUAUUUCUGGAGCUGGCGGUGGCCUGGGCCAUCUUGGUGUCCAAUACGCUGUGUCUAUGGGGCUGCGUGUAGUCGCCAUCGAUACAGGGGAGGAAAAGCGAAAGCUCGUACUAGAGCUAGGGGCGGAGAAAUGGAUUGAUUUCAAAGAGACUCAGGACCUCGUAUCCGAAGUUGUCACCACAACUGGAGGUGGUGCUCACGCAGCUGUUAUAACCGCAGGUGGCAACGCGGUGUACAACCAAGCAGUAGAGUAUCUGCGUCCAAGGGGACGCCUUCUCGCAGUCGGAUUGCCCCGUGACGGUAUGCUCUCCAUACCUAUCAUUCUACUAGCAGCUAGGGGCCUCACGAUCCGCGGUGUCUUCAUCGGAAACCGCCAGAUAGCCAAAGAAGCUGUAGAGCUUGCGGCAUUGGGGAAAGUGAAAUGUCGAUAUUCUCUCCGAGGUCUCUCGGAGCUAGAGCAAGUUUACAGUGAUUUAGAAGACGGAAAUAUUGUCGGCAGAGUUGUUCUUGAUAUUAACAAGUGAAACAUACGGUAUCUAUUUCGGCUUUUCGUGCGGUCAAUCCACCUAUAAAGAGCAAAACCUUGCUCAACUGAGCCUUUGGAACCGAUAUUGAUUCGGCUCAGCAUGUUAAACGGAAAUGUAUAGUAUGUACGUGAAGAAAUCUGAAUGCCUCGUG